AUGCAGCGGUACUUGGAGAACGGUUUGCAGUUUGGUGGCGAGAGCAAGUGCUGGCUGGUCGGCUUUCUGCAGCUGCACAGGCAUGGCGGAGGCAAGAAGGUGCGGGUGCGCGGCGUGGAUGGAGAGGGACGACCAAUCAACCACAUGUACACCAUACACGAAAGGCCGCUCCCGGGGCACAAGUACGGAAGCACCUACGCCGAGUGCGUGAAGCUGUGCCGCAGGAAGGGGAAAGCCAAGGAGGCUGAAGACGAGGCAGGCACUGCCAGGCAGAACGAGGAGGAGGAGGGGGAGGAGGAGGAGGAGGAGGAGGAGGAGGAGGAGGAGGAGGAGGAGGAGGAGGAGGAAGAGGAGGAGGAGGAGGAGGAGGAGGAGGAGGAGGAGGAGGAGGAGGAGGAGGAGGAGGAGGAUGUGGAACAGGACCUGGGCGACGAUCAGGAGAUCGUCGCGGAGGAGGAGGAGGAGGAGGAGGAGGAGGACAACCCCUUCCUUUUGGACGAUGAGGAUGUGGAGGAGAUGUUCCACAUUGACAAGCCCGUGUACUAG